GGAAUUUUUCCUCUGGAAUUCUUGCCAUUGUUUUUUAAAUAAUUUCCGGGAAAGGACGGAGGUCAUUUUCAUUAACAUCGAGCUGAGUUAGUCAGGCCGAGUACAGAUUGCAGAGCCCAUCCACAUUCUGGCGACAUGGGUUUCCAGAUCAUUUCACCUCAUCGGCUUCUGCAGUUCUUCACUGUGACUUCUUAUGUGACAAUAAAUGUGGCAGGAAUUGACAUUUGGAUCGACGUAACCCCUCAAGUUCUGGAAUAUGGAGACUCAUUGAAGGCAAACUGCAGUACAUCAUGUGUGGAUUCAAACCCAUUAAUUGUCCUGGAAUAUAAAUCAGGGUUAAGUCCUCAGAGAAAACGUGAAAGUACAUGGAUAUCAGACUUCUUCCCAAAUGUCACAGCAUGGGAUAUUUCUGUCCCUUGUUUUGUGAAUUGUAAGAAUGAACACAUUUCAGACAAGAAAGUGGUCCCUGUUUACAAUCGAGAGAUAAACAUUACAGUACUCCCUGAAGUGCUGGAGAUUAACAGAACAUAUCAUCUGGAGUGCAUUGGUCCAAGAGUCUAUCCAAACAACAAACUCAUUCUCACAUGGCUGAGAGGGAGUGAGAUUGUCCAGAGAGAUUCCACAGGCGAACCAGGUCUUCCGGAUGAAGAUAAAAGGUUGAGAAAUGUCUUCAAUUUCAUUGCGAGUCAAUCAGAUGAUGGACAGGAGUACACCUGCUUGGCUGAGGUGGACUCGGGCUCUAACAUCACAAAGUCAAUCACAAACUCUUCUGUCACUCUGCAAACUUACGCUUUCAUGGAUCAGCCGAGAAUCCUGGACAAAAGACCCAAAGAAGUGAAGCGAGAAGUCACAUUAACAUGUGAGGUCUCAAAUGUCUAUCCUGCUGAGAAGAUGAGAGUAAGAUGGUUUCAGGAUGGUGUGGAACUGAACUCAAAUACCACAAGGCCAAAUUCCAACACUGUCCGAAUAACAGCAGCAUGGACACCACAGGAAUCUGGUCUGAUGGAAAUCGUCUGUAUGGCCAAUUUUGAGAAAUAUCUAUCAAUUCCCUCAAAGAAUGAUAGUGCUUUCAUUGAGGUGUAUGCUUUCUCUUCCCCUGAAAUCCAAGUACCAACCACCCAGGAAGGAAAUCUGGUUAAUAUUACGUGCCGUGUGUUGAAUGUCUCAGGGGAUCUUGAACUCAGACUGAAGAAAGGAAAUGACACAUUAGUGACUGGAUCAAGCAGUACUGGGCUCACUAUCUCUCAUACAGUAGAGGCUGAAGCUAAGUUGGAUGGUCAGCAGUAUAUCUGUGAAGCUGAACUGAAACUUCAAGAUCACUCAAUGACGAGCCCUGUUAUUAAACAACACAUUGGAACCCUCCAUGUCCUGUAUGCACCAGCAAAAGCAGAGAUCUUUAAAGCUCAAGAAAACUGGAUUGAAGGGGAAUCACAGAAUUUAACAUGUCAUGGGCAAGGGAACCCAGAUCCCCAGAGGGUCUGGAUCAAAGAUGGGAAAAUGGAAAGCAGAGAGAUACUCUACAUCCCAUCUGUUCAAAUGCAGCAUGGGGGACUGUACGUGUGCAUGGUCAAAAAUGAGCACGGAUCUAAAACCUCAUCUCUAAAUGCAACUAUUUUGUAUAAACCACGAGACACAAUCAUGACCAUAUCGGUAAAUAACAAAACCAUAUCAGGAAAUAACACAACCAUGUCAAGCAUUCCAGUAGAAGUUACUGAAGGUGAUGAAAUUACAUUAAGCUGUAAGUCCAAUGGAAGACCCUCACCUACAUUAGAGUGGGUAAACCCCAGUAAUGGCAGCAACAUUGAGAUUUCUGGAUUUCUGCACAUUCCGGACGUAACCUCAGAACAUCAAGGAAUUUAUAAAUGUAGAGCUACCAAUCAAUAUGGAAUUGAUGAGAAGGAAGUGGACAUCAGGGUCAAAGGUUUAAGAUGGUUAAUACCAGUCGUGGCAGUGAUAGCAGCAGUAUUGUUGAUAAUUGCACUGAUGGCCUUGUACUGGAAAUACAGUGCCCAUAAAAGAGGACAUUAUAAUGUACAGAAUGCAAAACCCAACAACAAUCUACAGAUCCCCAAUGGGCAUGAACACCAACAGAAUGUUCCUUUAAAGAAUCUUGACCCACAUCAUAGUGAAACAAUUACAAAUGGAUUGAACCAAUGAUAAAGAUGUUACAUGCCCUGACUUUGCAAAAUAUUCCAGUGGUCCUGUUGUACAUGUAGUUACUGAUGGGUGCCACUCAUUGCCAUGUUAGAGUCUGUACCAGCUGUAAAGACAACUAGUUACUGACAAUCCUUUCUAUAUUUUCGGCAAUUUUUGAAUUACUGUGGUGAAACUUUUAAUUUGAUCUUCACAAACAGUAGAUAGUCACCUGAACUAUGGCAUUUAGAAAGGCUCAUCUCUGUUAACUUCAGAGCUCCGUAAACAUAACUAUUUUCUCACGACCUGACAUGAAGACUGCGCUAUGUUGAUUUGGUUGUAUUUUUUUUAUGAUGUAUAUUGUACAAGAUGAUAAAAUGGGAACUACCUUUGAAACAUCACUAAUUUAAAAAUUCCAUCCAUGUGCUUCAAUGACACCAUGCUUUUGAUCUUCUCUAUCUUAAACCUUAAUACAACCAAUAAUCAGGGACCAUUGUGUGAGAAUAAGGGAUUUCAUAUUUAAGAUGCAGUUGGACAUGGAAUACUUCUCAAGGAUCAUGAAUCUUUGGAAUAUGUUCUGCCUGAGAGGGGUAAAUACAGGGUUCAGAUUAUUUGGAUUCAAGGAUUAUGCAGCUGAAGCCAGGUGUACCCUCAAGCCUGAACUCUGUGCUGUUCUUGUUCAUCCUGAAUUUCUCCACCUUGUUGUUAGUGGUUGUGCUUACAACUACAUAAACUCAACAGAUCCAUGGAAGCUGUGAUUUGCACCAAUGCAGCCAGACUCUCUGAUUAACUGCUGUAUUCAGAAUUUGACCAAAGCAGGAGAUUCUCAGUAAGAUGGUGGAAGUGAUUUCCUUUCGUUAAAAAUCACAUGACACCAGGUUAUCGUCUGACAGGUUUGUUUGUAAGUACAAGAUUUUUUGGAGCGCUGCUCCUUUCUCAGGUAGCUGGUGGAGGAGGAUCAUAUGAUACGGUUUAUAGCAAAACAUCAUAGUGUCAUACACUGAUGCAAUAUAUUGAAUAAACCUAGAUAACUGUUAAGCCUUUCAUCUUGUAGAAUGGAUUGCAGAUUUCAAUUCGUUAAUAUCUAAAUCCCAGAAUUUCUUUCAAGUUACACUCCCGAAAUAAUUCAAGGUUUUAUAAAAAAA